UUUCCCUGGCGUCGGCUUCAUCCUCACUCAAGCUCGCGCCGCUCGGCCUCGAGGCUCGCUGUCAUGGAGACGCCGUUCCAUCCCGGCAUGCCUGAGCCGGACGUUGAGAACUGUGAGAAGUGGCGCGAGCUCAACGGCCGGCUGGCACGCGCUAACCCAAGGCCGAACCGCAAGCGCAGGGGGCCGGCUAGGAAAAGGUUUAAUUUAGAAUUGGAAAGGAGUAAUGAUUUUAUUGUGACCAGAAUUAUGGACUGAACAAUCCACUAUCUGUAGUGAUCCAUGAAGAAUUGCAUUUGGGCUUUCUAGCAUUUGCCCUUUUUAUCAAAUCAAGACAAGUAUCUAAAAUCGGCAAUACCUCACCACAAGAAUUGGGUGGACAGAAUGUACACUGGGAAUGCUGUGAACAACAGUUUGAAGAAGAGGAAGCCAUUCACAAGCAUGUGGCAAAUGAACAUAUGCCUGAGGUUCUACGACAAACUGAAGCUAUUUUCAAGGUGUUGGCACAAAAUGACUUCAAGUUGACAAGGAAGCAUGAUUCCUCAGAUAACAACGUUGCAGCACCACAAUCUAAUGGAACUAAGGAAGAGUUUGACAUAUCCAAAUGGUUGCCUGAUACAAGUCACAUUAAUUUUGAUGAGCUAGCAUGUGCAGCGGGCGAAGUACUAUUGUAUUAUUCAUAUUGUGAUAUAGAGGAACCACAAGUGAUCUGCACCUGGCAAAAAACCCUGUGUCAUCAGCUGCACUUUACAGGCAAGGUCCGCAUUUCUAAAGAAGGAAUUAAUGGAACAGUUGGUGGAUGCAAAACAGCAACUGAACUGUACAUUCAAACCAUGCUUUCCCACCCACUCUUUCAAGCUAUGUCCACAGAGGACUUUAAGCGGAGUGCAGGAGGAUCCCACUGUUUCCAAGAGCUGCGAGUUGGAGUUUUUAAAGAGGUUGUUCCCAUGGGAGUGGAUCCUGAGAAGGUUUCUUAUAAAGAUGCUGGAAUUCAUUUAACUCCCGAAGAAUUCCACAGGAAAAUAGAAGCGUUGUCCAACAAUGCCCAAAUUCGAAAAGACACCAUUCUGCUGGACUGCAGGAACUUCUAUGAGAGCAAAAUAGGAAAUUUUCAACAUUGCGUUGCUCCUAAUAUCCGGAAAUUCAGCUACUUUCCAGAUUAUGUCGAUACAAAUUUGGAAUGUUUCAAGGACAAACAGGUCCUUAUGUAUUGUACAGGAGGAAUCCGCUGUGAACGAGGUUCAGCCUAUCUAAGGUCAAAGAAUGUGUGUAAGGAAGUUUACCAGCUCAAGGGUGGAAUCCACAAAUAUCUGGAACAGUUUCCAAGUGGCUUCUACAGGGGAAAGUUGUUUGUUUUUGACAAUCGCUAUGCCAUUUCUGCAAAUGAUGACGUUAUUUCAGAGUGCAGAUACUGUGGUGCUCCAUGGGAUGAAUACAGACUCUGCAGUACUUCUUACUGCUGUCAGCUUGUUUUGUCAUGUGUUCACUGUCGAGAAAAGGGCCUUCUAGCCUGUUGUAUUGUGUGCCAAGAAAAGGAAAACUCAACAUCUGAAACUCAGUCAGGCCACCCAAGAAAAGAGGAAUGUGAAUGUACUGAAAAACGGGUGCGAAUCCCUGUCAUGUUUCCACAUUAGAUAAUUCUUUUCAAACUAUCCAUUGUUUUAAACCCAGAAAAAAUGGAUCAGACUUAAAAGGCGCUGGAACUUGCAGUAACUUUAAUAACCCAGGAUAUUUCAAAAGUGCUUAAGUACCUUUGAAUUGCAGUCACUAUGGCAAUGCAGGAAACAUGGCAGCCAGUUUGCAAGUAGCAAGGACCCACAUGCAGUGCAUAAAUGACCAGAUAAUCUUUUUAGAGGAUCUGUUUUUAGGUUUAUGACAUACCAGGUUGAUUUUAUUUUAACACUUUUUAAUAGUCCUAUUUAAAAUAUAGAUUGAUUUAUUGUGGUGUUGGUUUUCAUCAGCAUGUUACUUGCAACUUAAAUUGAUAGCAAUCUUGUAUUAAUUAGAUCAAUUGAAUUAAAAAUUACAAUCAAUAAACAACAAAUUCUCAAUCGUGUUGACUCAUUCUAUUUCAGGUCUUCAGGCUAAAAAUUAAUUCAUGCAGUGCCGCUUUAAAGUGGUAUUAUGUAGACAACACAGAUUUCCUGGGGCAGAUAGCACCAUGGAUUGCUAACUGCAUGACCCACAUGGGUUUCCUCAUUGAAAUAAUUGAA